AUGUCGGACUUUCACUGUAAUUCAGUGGACAGUGAUGUAAUUUAUGAGUAUGAAAAUAUGUCUGUGAACCAAAUUAUUGGAAUUAGGAAUGAGUUUCGAAGCCAAGAUAAUAUACGCCGAAACAAUAAAGAAUUGAAUAAACAAAUGAGUUAUAAUGGCUUAAAAAGUGGGAUAGUAAACACUUCAUCAGAAGUCAACACAUUUGAGAGAAACUCGAAUCCUAAUAGACGUGGUGGUAAAUUAAAACCAAGACAUGUGCCCGAUUUUGUAUUAAUAUCUCCUGAGGAUGUUGAUAAAUUGCUUUCUUCGGUAGCAACUUUGGAUGAAAGAAAGACUAUAAUGAAUAAUUAUGAGCUUGGAACUAUUGUGUUAAGAAGGCUGUGCAUAAGCGAAAGUAGCGAAAUUAAGGCCUUUAUGGACUCAAUUCAGAUGAGAACUACAGGAAAGGCGUUGGAAAGUCAUGAAAGAAACAUAAUCUGCUUGACUUUUAGAGGCCAACCUAAAAGAUGGGUAUUUUGCCCAUGCAGAAGCUGUUUAUUUAAAGGUAAGGCACAUGAUAAAUUAAUGGGUCAUUUCAAAAUUAUGGAACAAGAUACUCAAACAAAUAAAUUUCAAAUUUCUAAAAAUGUAUAUGAUUCAUAUGGUGUUUUCAUGGCUUCCUGUGGUUAUUUUGCUGCCACUUUUUGUCCACAACAAAAUUACUCUUCUCACAAAGUGUUCGUUGGCCCUACAAUUUCGGAUUUGAAAGGAAGGAUUCAUGACAGAUAUAUAUUAUUUGUUAAUGACUCAAAAGUUAUACAUAUGGCAUGGAGAAGAAAACAAAAUUACACUUUUGAUUGUGAAGAAUUACUGAGUAAUGUAAUGUCCAAGUUGAUGGUUUGCGGAAAAUCAGGUCAUGUGCAAAUGGUAAAUCAAUUAAGUAAAGGAUAUUCUGGGUUAUUGUCUAUGCCACUUAAAUUACGUUUCCAUUGUGAAAACUUAGAAAAGCAACCUAAUUCGAUUAAUUCGGUGAAUGACUUUAGCAAGGGUGGAGCAGGCUUAAUUAGUAAAAAAAAUAAGAGAAAAAUAAACAAAAGACAUCUGGAAGAUUGGGAUAUUAUAAAUUCAGACAAAUUCCUGAGUGACGCUAACGAGCUUCAGAGCGCAUAUAACAAAGCUAUGGGACAGAAUCUGACAUCUAAAUCUUACUCUUUCCCAAAUUCUCCGGUAGUGAGGGUUCAAAAUAAUCAAUAUUACAACUCAGAUAACAACUCUUUAACUCCAAGAUGUACAAAACAGUAUAUUUCCGAGUUAGGGCAUGAUGUUGAUGGUGAAACUCUCACUUCAAACAGAUAUGGUUGCAUUAUUGGUGAUGUAUCUACUGCAUCAGCAACACCUAUUGCAGAAAAUGCAGAUUGUAUUAUUAACAAACAAUUUACUUAUAAUUCAAAGAUUCUGGAUUGCAUUCAAACAAUAAACAAGGGUGGGCUCUCACUAAAUGAUAUGAAUAGGAGUAUAUAUGCAAAUGGCUCAUUAGAUCCAAAUUCUUUUAUUCCAAAAGUUCCAAUUCCAUCUUCCUUUCUCAGCAAUAUAAAUCAAAGUAAGAUUUUAAUGAACAACAUUGAAAUACAUAAGGCAGAGCAAUAUGGGUCUAAGCCAAAUAGUAAAAAUUGGUUUGGAUCAUCGGAAAACGAAAACGAGAAUCCAAAUAUAAAACAAUUGAAAGAAAAUUAUCUUUAUGGAGAUUUUUCACAAAGUAAUGGAAUUUUCAGAUCACAUCUUCAACCGAAUUUCAUAAAUGAAGGAACUCAUUUUAAUUUUAAUCCCUUGGUGUUUUCUUCUGAUUCUGCGACUAAUCCGAUGUUGCCAAGCGAGACGAUUGAAGAGGAAUCCAUGAGUAAGCAGAAUUUCAAUAAUGGAUUUAUAAUAAAUGGUAUUGCUACAAAUCAAUCAAUCUCUUUAUAUAGACAAGUUUUUUCUCCAAAUGAAAUAACAACCCCAAAUUCUACACUUGAAAUUUCAUCGCCUAUACGGCAGAUUCAACACUCGUUUAUUUCAGAUGGAAUUGUUCAAGACCAAAACAACCAAAUUAAUAUUAUUCAGCAAGUACAAAGUAUUGUAAAUCCAGGAACAUAUAGCGACGUAUUUGGUGAAGAUGUUGCACAGUGUACUUCAUGCGAACAUUGUUCUAUUGCUGGAUAUCCAUAUUAUUGUAAUUGCUAUAAAAUACCAUCUGAAUCAGCAGCUAACUCCAAUGUUAUUGAUGUCAAUGAUACUUCUGGAGUUUAUCAGUUGAAUAAUCAGUAUAUUCAUCCUUCACAUGAAGUGGAUUCAUAG